UGUUUUGGCUGGCAAAUUUUGUUUACUUGCAAAAACGCCGAAACACGAUGAAUCCGCUGGACAAAAUACACGCACUGGACGAGAUCGAAAAGGAGAUAAUCCUGUGCAUGCAGAGUGCAGGACAAGCAUUGCAGGAGUUGGGCAAGGAGAAGUCGUCGCAGAAAAAUGCCGAAACUCAAUCGCAGCAGUUCCUCAAGAGCCUGUCCAGCGUGGAAUCGAAGCUAUCGGAGCAGAUCAACUAUUUGACCCAGGUGUCCACGGGUCAGCCGCACGAGGGCUCCGGCUAUGCGUCCGCCAAGGUCCUCCAAAUGGCCUGGCAUCGCAUCCAACAUGCCAGAUCCAGAGUUCGUGAGCUGGAGGAAACCAAGGCCAAGCACUCACAUGCUGCCCGCCAGCAACUGAAGCGUCAGCAGGAGCAUGCCGCCGCCCAACAACAGCAACAACAACAGCAGCAGCAGCAACAACAACAGAUGCAACAGGCAGCACAGCAGCAACAACAACAGGCGGGCGGAGGAGCCGCCGGCGGAGGUGAUCAUCCCAUGGGCGGCGACUCCUCAAUGUCCAACAACUAAUCUAGGGUUAAGUUUAAAGUUAGAGGUUAAUCAUUUUUUUUAAAUGAAUAAAAAACGUCAAAAGAA